ACUAGGAAUAGCGGUGCGUGUGUGCAACUACCGUCAGUAAGAGUGGACGAGUCUGGAGAGGAAAACUUGCAAAAUGUGAACCUUAACAAGCAUAAAAAAGGAAUGUAACUGGCAUAUUCAUGCAGGGCUGCUGUGCACAGUUUUUAAAUCGAACUACUUAACAAACGUCAAGAAUGGAGGAAAGUAUGGAAGAGGAGGAAGGUUUUGAGAUGAUGGACGAUCACAACCAUAACAACUGGGAGGCCAGUGCAAAUGCAUACACACUUCACCCCCAGAACCAACCCCAGCCUCCCGAACACCCAGCACAGACUCUGCCGGGCGAGGCCGAAGAACCCUGCCCGGUGGAAGCUACCAUGUUCCCGACGUGUGGCAGCGCGGCCAGCGAUGGGGACAGUCCUGCCUCCUCGACCGCUGUUACUGGAAAACUCACCCUCAACAUUAACAGCUCAACUUCCAAGUUCUUGAUGAAUGUUAUAACUAUGGAGGAUUACAAAAGCACAUACUGGCCCAAGUUGGAAAGAGCCAUUGACCAGCUCCUCACACAGAGCCCGGAGGACUAUAUUCCCAUUUCCUACGAGCAGAUCUACAGCUGUGUCUAUAAGUGUGUUUGCCAGCAACACUCAGAGCAGAUGUACAAUGACUUAAUACAGAAGAUAACUGGUCACUUGCAACGUGUCUCUGAUGAAUUACAGGUCAGUCCUCCUGAACAGUACAUAGAGAAGUUCAACUCAGCUCUCACCCAGUACAUGGGAGCCCUCCAAAGUAUCGUGCCUCUAUUCAUUUAUAUGAACAAGUUUUACAUUGAAACAAAACUGAACAGAGACCUGAAAGAUGAUCUCAUCAAGCUGUUUACAGAUCAUGUUGCAGAAAAGCAUGUGUGCACCUUAAUGCUGUUUUCCACAGCUUUACUCUUAGAAGCCCAUUCCACGCCUUUUCAGAUCACACCAUCAACGAUGGCAAAUAUAGUGAAAGGCCUUUACACUCUCCGACCAGGUAAGGAACUCAACCUUAUUCAUAACGUAUUGAUCAUGUUUUCGGCACUGUUAAUUCUGUUGGAGGGGUUUGGGCAGUUUGCACAGGGAGAAAAAUGUUCAUCUGUUGUCUUGUCUUAUACUUGGAAGAGUUUAAAUUUCUUCAGAUGGCAGUACAGUUUAUGUACUGAUUAGAUCCAUGCACAAAUCGUUGUGUUGAUGCUUUAUGAUCAUUGCCCUCACGUCCAAAAAAUGGUCAUGGUAUAUUCCAGUGCAGCCAGACUGUAAUUAAAAGUGGGAUACAGUACUUAAGAAGACAAUAGAAGACAAUGAGGCAGCGAGUGAAAGGAAGGCUUUUUUAGAUCCCGAGUGGUAAUAAUUUGGCUCAUGUAUUAAUGAUCUUGAUGCUUUUGGGGAGGCGCAGCUGGAGGAUGUGUUCUCAUAUUUCAGCUUCAAGAAAUCACUCAUUUGACCAACAGCUCAAUAUCCAACUGUAAGGCAAUACCUAUUUUCUUUGUGUAGACUGAUGUUUGAUUUUUUUUCUAGAGCUGAAAUUUA